AUGGUGGUGAAUCAUGGACUGAAGAUAAUGGAAGGAGCAGAACUAGCAGAUAAAGAAAGGUAUCAAAGGUUGGUUGGAAAACUGAUAUAUCUCUCACAUACUCGGCCAGAUAUAGCCUAUGCAGUCGGAGUAGUGAGCCACUUUAUGCAUCAGCCUCAUACAGACCAUAUGGAGGCUGUGUGGAGGAUCAUAAGGUAUCUAAAGGGGACAUCUGGACAUGUUGUUCUAUUCAAAGCACAUGGACACCUAGAAAUAAAGGGGUAUACUGACGCCAACUGGGUAGGCAAUCUAGUGGACCGUAGAUCUACAUCAGGCUAUUUUACUCUUGUGGGGGGUAACUUAGUUACAUGGAAAAGCAAGAAGCAAAAGGUUGUAGCAUUGUCCAGUGCAGAGGCUGAAUUUUAA